AAAGGCCAGCCACUGAAACGAGGACAAGAGACAAAAGACAAGAAGAACACCCCACGUCCGUUCUCCAACAUUGCAUAUCAAUCAUCGUUAACUUCCUGCGUUCGUUCUACCAUCUUUACAGACUGACACUGUUUCUAAUUCGUCAACUACUCUUCAAAUACUCAGGUUCUUGACCUCUCGUCUUCACCCACCACACCUUCCCUACAUACCGUCACAGUGCUCCGGGGAAGAAAGAAACAGCCGAGUUCAAACCGCUUAUCCGAUCCUCUCCCGUGAUACCCAAUCCCAAUCUCUUCCGACGAUUCUGUUGCCACCAACAAUCAUAUCUGCCUUGUCCCUCUUCAAGACGGUCUCUGCUUGGCUCGCAGUUCGACUGCUUCCAAAUCACUCAGUCCCUCAAGUCGAACACGCUCAGAGGCUGCUGCACCCAAAUAGCAUCAAGAGAAAACAUUCACCAUGAGUAGUCCCAAGCGGAGGAUAGAGACGGAUGUGAUGAAGCUCAUGAUGAGCGACUACGAAGUGACAUUGGUCAACGACAAUAUGCAGGAAUUCUACGUCAUCUUCAAAGGACCAUCCGAAACACCCUUUGCAGAAGGAAAAUGGAAAGUCCACGUCGAGUUACCUGAUCAAUAUCCCUACAAGUCGCCUUCCAUUGGCUUUGUUAACAAGAUCUUCCAUCCGAAUAUCGACGAGGGAUCCGGAUCAGUAUGCUUGGAUGUCAUCAAUCAGACGUGGUCACCCAUGUUCGACAUGAUCAACAUCUUCGAAGUUUUCCUUCCUCAACUCCUGAGAUAUCCCAAUCCUACCGACCCACUCAACGGAGAAGCAGCGGCCCUGCUCAUGCGAGAACCGAGAAGCUACGAUGCGAGAGUGAAAGGUAGGGUUGAGCAAGGCUAGGUUUGCGCGUUGACUGAUUGGAUACAGAGUAUAUCGCACAGUAUGCCACAAACAUCCAUGCCGAUGCCGACGAAGACGAGAACGAGACGGAUGGGGAGUUGAGCGAGGUGGAAGACUUCAAUAGUGAUGGUGAGGAUGAGCCAGCUGGAGCCAUGGAGGAUGUAUGAGGGACCCCGUCAAUUUGGGGCAUUACAGCACCGGCGCUAUCUCGACAUUUGGGCUAUAUACUGGUAGGGCGCUCGGAGCACCAUGGAUAGGAAUGGCAAUCGGCAGGGUAUGGUAUCUAGCCGUAGUCCGGGCUUUCAGGACGAAUUUGCUGUACUUCAAAUAGUUCUUGACUUGAACUCGUCUCAACAGCAAAAAUUAUUCUGUGCACC